CCCUGCUCCAUUACCUUUUUUACGCCCUUGUGUGUUUUUUUGUUGUUGUUGUGUGCCAGGGGUGGGUCUUUUCACUUGGUCCAUCACCUGAGUCCGGGGAAAAUGUUGCAAUUAUUUCGCAGCGUCGUUGCUGUCAAUCAAAGAGAGGGAAGGGAGCCUCAGAGCUGAGAAGAAGCUCUAUGGCGGCGGUGGCUGGGUGAGAUUCACUGCACUUCCAGUACACCUAAUGCAACUUUUCCCCAACUUCACCGCGUUGCUCCAGCCAGACUGCGCCUCGAUUCAGUGCAAACUCCCAGCAGAGGUGCUCUUCCAAGCGGGGCUGUGGAGAAACCCCGGCCGCUUUUCCCCCUUUUUUAUUUGCUCUGUGUGUGUGUUUGUAGGAGAGAGAAAAAAAAUCUUUUUUUCCGGCAAGCGGACCGAUCCCAGAUGUCGUUGUUUUUGAGCUUUGCAGACAUGGCGCACCUCCAUUUUUGAACGACUUUUUUUUGUGUUUUGUUUUUCUCCAUCUCCCCAACACGCGAGAACCACCGAUCAAAAGAAACAGGAUGAAAAAUCGCAGUUUUUAAGACUAAUUGUUAGGGUUUUUAAGAGCAGCGAAAGCAGCUUUCGAUUUAGCGAAGUUUAGUCGACGGAGCAGUGACUGGAACUCGAACCUCGAGAUAUAUGGAACAGACCUUGUCGGAGGCCGACAAUGGUAUUGAGUGUUUGAACAAUGUCGAUGCUGCGUCAGGGCUUUGCAACUCGACCAGCCAGCAGCUGACUCUGGUGGACUGUCUGCCUUCCACCAACUUUGACAGGGAAAAUUUGCACUUAGGAACCCCACAUCCACGUGCACCCAAGAACAAAACCGAGCCUCGAACCUUCCUUGAUCCCAAAAUGAUGUCUAACGAGGAUAAAAACCCCGAAGACGACGGAUCAGACCGCAGCAAUGCUUCCAGCAACUCUGCUUCAGAAGAAUCUAACCACUCUGUCUCAGGAUCAGAAUCAGGCAGCCAGUCGGAAAGUGAGCAGGGAAGCGAAACCAAUAAUAGCAGUUCGGAAUCCUCGGAAUCACAGUCUGAAUCAGAAAGUGAAUUGACUGUGUCCAAGUUGCAACAAGCUGCCACAGAGAACAAGGACAAACCACUGAGUAAGAAAGAGAGGAUAGCGGAUGUUAAAAAGAUGUGGGAAGAAUAUCCAGAUGUUUAUGGGGUUAGGAGGUCAAACCGCAGCAGACAGGAACCGGCUCGACUUAACGCUGGACCUGAGAGCAGUGAAAACUCUGAGAAUGAGACUCCAAGGCGACGAGGGAGAAGGAAAGCUGCCAACUGGAAAAGCAGAGUAUCUGAGAAUGAGGAUGAGGAGGAUGAGGAGGAAGAGGAUGAUGAGGACGAGGAGGAGGAGGAAGAGGAAGCAGCUAGCAGCGCUGAAAGUGAGCCUGAAAGAAAGGUCAGAGCCCGUCGACCAGUUACCAGAAGACCACCAGCCAGGACCCAAGGGAAAAGGCAGAAGACUAGGAGGGGAAAGAAAAGGAGAAGAGAUUCUUCGGAUGAUGAUGAUGACGACGACGACACUCCCAAACGCCAAACCCGCAAAUGUGUGACUAAAAAUGUGAGUUAUAAAGAAGAUGAUGAUUUUGAGACUGAUUCAGAUGAUCUCAUCGAAGUUACAGGCGAACCAGCACGAGAGGAGAAUGAUGACAGUGAAACCAUUGAGAAAGUGAUUGACUCCCGGAUUUGGAAAAAAGGAGUCGUCGGAGCCCCAACCACAGUCUACGCAGUAGAGGCUGACGGAAACCCAGGGGCAGACUUUGAUCCAGAGAAGGAUGAGAAGGAGGUGCAAUACCUCAUCAAGUGGAAAGGCUGGUCGUACAUCCACAACACCUGGGAGAGUGAAGAGUCAUUGAGACAGCAGAAAGUGAAAGGAAUGAAGAAAUUAGAGAACUUUAUCAAAAAGGAGGAAGAAGUAAACCAGUGGCUGACCAAAGCAUCCCCAGAAGAUAUAGAGUACUACAACUGUCAGCAAGAAAUGGCUUUCGACCUCAAUAAGCAAUACCAGAUCGUAGAGAGGGUAAUUGCUAUGAAGACCAGUAAGUCAUCUUCAAGUCACUCUGAAUUUCCAUCACAUUCCAGCCAUAAACCAUCAUCCUCUGGCCAGCCAGACUACCUGUGUAAGUGGAUGGGUUUGCCAUAUGUUGACUGCAGCUGGGAGGAUGGAGCUCUUAUUUCCAGAAAGUUCCAGGCGUGUAUCGAUGCCUUCCACAGCCGUCAUAAUUCCAAAACCAUUCCCUCGAAAGACUGCAAGGUCUUGAAACAGAGGCCUAGGUUUGUUACCAUGAAGAAGCAGCCUUCCUAUAUCGGCAGUGAGGGCUUGGAAUUGAGGGAUUACCAACUUGAGGGUCUGAACUGGCUCGUUCACUCCUGGUGCAAGUCUAACAGUGUGAUCCUGGCUGAUGAAAUGGGUUUGGGUAAGACAAUCCAGACUAUCUCAUUUCUCUCAAACCUAUUCAAUCAGCAUCAGCUCUAUGGUCCUUUCCUCUUGGUUGUCCCACUGUCCACGCUGACUUCCUGGCAACGAGAAUUUGAAAUCUGGGAGCCCAACAUGAAUGUGGUUGUUUACAUCGGUGAUGUCAUGAGCCGGAAUACAAUCCGAGAAUACGACUGGUUACAUCCUGAGACAAAGAGACUGAAGUUUAACGUAUUGAUAACGACGUAUGAAAUUUUGCUGAAGGAUAAGAAUGUUUUGGGGAGUAUAAACUGGGCAUUUCUGGGAGUGGACGAAGCUCAUCGGUUGAAGAAUGAUGACUCCCUCUUGUAUCGGACUCUAAUCGACUUCAGAUCCAAUCAUCGACUGCUGAUAACUGGGACACCGCUGCAGAACUCAUUGAAAGAGCUCUGGUCACUCCUGCACUUCAUCAUGCCUGAAAAGUUUGAUUCCUGGGAGGACUUUGAAGAGGAACACGGGAAAGGAAGGGAAAAUGGAUUCCAGAGUCUCCACAGGGUCCUGGAGCCCUUCUUGCUGCGCAGAGUAAAGAAAGAUGUUGAAAAAUCGCUUCCUGCCAAAGUUGAACAGAUUCUGAGGGUGGAAAUGUCAGCCUCACAGAAGCAGUAUUAUAAGUGGAUAUUAACCCGAAAUUACAAAGCGCUCACCAAGGGAACCAGGGGGUCGUCAUCGAGCUUCCUCAACAUCAUGAUGGAGUUGAAGAAAUGCUGCAAUCACUGUUAUUUGGUUAAGCAGUGUGAGGAGAAUGAGAACCUGUCCAGCCAAGAAGUGUUGCAGAACCUGAUCAAGAGCAGUGGCAAGCUGAUUCUGUUGGAUAAGCUGAUGACCCGGCUUCGAGAGAGAGGAAACAGAGUGCUCAUCUUCUCUCAGAUGGUCCGAAUGUUGGAUAUCCUCGCUGAAUACUUGACCAUAAAGCAUUAUCCAUUCCAGCGUUUAGAUGGAUCUAUAAAAGGCGAGUUAAGGAAACAGGCUUUGGAUCACUUCAACGCUGAAGGAUCAGAGGACUUCUGUUUCCUCCUCUCUACGAGAGCAGGGGGCCUUGGGAUUAACCUUGCCUCUGCGGACACUGUGAUCAUCUUUGACUCUGACUGGAAUCCUCAGAACGACUUGCAGGCGCAGGCUCGAGCUCAUAGGAUAGGCCAGAAGAAGCAGGUUAAUAUUUAUCGCCUGGUUACAAAAGGGACUGUGGAAGAGGACAUAAUUGAACGUGCCAAGAAAAAAAUGGUGCUAGAUCACCUCGUGAUCCAGAGAAUGGAUACCACAGGGAGGACAGUGUUGGAUAACUCUGCUCGUCCCUCACACUCUACACCAUUCAACAAGGAAGAACUGACUGCAAUCUUAAAGUUUGGUGCUGAGGAACUGUUCAAAGAGCCAGAGGGAGAGGAGUCUGAGCCCCAGGAAAUGGACAUCGAAGAGAUCCUGCGUCUCGCUGAAACAAGAGAGAAUGAACAGUCUGUGAGUCCAACAGAUGAACUGCUGUCCCAGUUCAAGGUGGCGAACUUUAGCACAAUGGAGGAGAAUGAGCCCGAAGUGGAUGACAAGCAGGUUAAGGAAUGGGAUGACAUCAUCCCAGAGGACCAGUGGAAGAAGAUCGAAGAGGAGGCACGGCAGAAAGAACUGGAAGAAAUUUACAUGCUUCCAAGGAGUAGAAGUUCAACUAAAAAGGCUCAGGCGAAUGGCAGCGAUUCGGAUGCCGGAUCACGGCGAAGGCGGCAGAGGUCAUCCGGAUCAGAGAGUGAAACCGAGGAAAGUGAGGAUGAGGAUAAGCGACCCAAGCGGAGAGGCCGUCCCCGGACUGUCCGGAGGGACAUGGUCGAUGGUUUCACAGAUGCUGAAAUCAGGAGGUUUAUCAAGAGUUAUAAGAAGUUUGGCGCUCCUCUUGAAAGACUCGAGGGUAUUGCUCGUGAUGCGGAGCUUGUCGACAAAUCCAUUGCAGAUCUCCAGCGACUGGGCGAGCUCAUACAUAAUGGCUGUGUGAUGGCCCUCAAGGAAUUUGAAGAACAGCUAAAAGAAAAUCCUGGACUGGAGGGAAAGGGCCCUGGGAAAAAGAGGGGACCAACUAUCAAGGUUUCUGGUGUCCAGGUCAAUGUUAAAUCGAUUCUCAUCCAUGAAGAUGAGUUUGAGGCUUUGCAUAAAGCCAUUCCUGUGGAUCCCGAGGAAAGAAAAAAGUACCGUUUACCCUGUCAUGCGAAGGCAGUGCAUUUCGACACCGAUUGGGGUGUGGAGGAAGAUUCCAACUUGCUGAUAGGGAUCUAUGAGUGUGGUUAUAGCAACUGGGAACAGAUAAAAAUGGACCCCGAUCUGCAGCUUACCAAUAAGAUUCUUCCAGAUGAUCCCAACCGCAAACCACAAGCCAAGCAUCUCCAGUCUCGAGCUGAUUACCUGAUCAAGCUUCUGAAGAAAGACAUGAUCAAGAAGGAUGCUUUGAAACAGGAAGAAGAGACAAAACCAAAGAAGCGGAAACCUAGAGUAAAGAAAGAGAACAAGGCACCAAGGCUGAAGGAUGAAAGUGGCAAUGACAUCACAUCUCCUCGGCUUUCUGACAAUCCAUCCGAGGAUGGAGAGCUGAAGGAUGGUGGCUUGGACCACGCUCCUGUAAAGAAAAAGCUGAAGAAAAAAGACAAUAAGGAGAACAAGGAGAAAGGAGAUCUGAAGAAGGAGAAAGAUGGACAGAAAGGGAAAAAGAAGACCAAGACUAAGAAGGAUAAGAUGAAGUCUGAUGCUAGGGACAAGAUUCGGAAGUCUGUGUCCAAAGGUCCGGUUCACAUUACAGCAGGGAAUGACCCAGUACCGAUUGGAGAGGAGGGUGAGGAUGAGUUGGACCAGGAAACGUUCAGCAUUUGCAAGGAGCGAAUGCGGCCGGUUAAGAAAGCUCUCAAGCAGCUGGAUAAGCCGGAAGAUGGGCUAUCUGAGAAGGAGCAGCUCCAACACACCCGCAGCUGCCUGCUGAAGAUUGGUGACCGAAUUAGUGAGUGCCUUAAAGCAUACACAGACUCUGAGCAGGUCAAGAUCUGGAGAAGAAAUCUCUGGAUUUUUGUCUCCAAGUUCACUGAAUUUGAUGCCAGAAAGCUGCACAAACUGUACAAAUUAGCACAGAAGAGGCGGUCCCAGGAAGAGGAGGAACAGAAGAAGAAAGACAAUAAUUCCGAGAGUAAACGUCAGUUCAAACUGGAGCCUUCGGGAUCAAGUCGUGAUUCCAUGAAUUCUCAGUUGCACGCGCAACAUGGUCCUCCUGUUCCUCACCUGCUGCCACCCCAUCAUCAGCAAAUGCAUAGUCAUCACCGGGAGCCCUACAACCAACUCAACAAGCGGCCUUUCAACAAUGCAGAUCGGGGAGACCGACAGAGGGAUCGGAUGUACAGCUACAACAACAACCAGCAGUGGGGAUCUGAUCGGCAUCAUCCAUAUGACCAACACAGAUACAAGGACCAUCAUUUUGGGGACCGAAGGCCACGCGGAGAUCCCCACAGAAACUCUGGCAAUUAUCGGCCAAACAACAUUCACCGCAAGAGACCAUACAACCAGUAUGGCAAUGAGCGAGACCACCGAGGUCACCGGGAUUACUAUGACAGGCGGCAUCAGGAUCUGAAACGACGCAGAUCAGAUGAAUUCCGACCUCAGGACCACCAUAACUUAGGGCACCAACCAGAUUUCAGGAGAUUGCCUGAUCACAGACAGCCUGGGGCCUACCACAGCCAAGGACCUUCUGAACACUAUAGACCCUUUCACCUUGAAAAACCGAUGGAGCACAAGGCACCCACGGGAGACCACCGUUCACCCCUCUCUCAGAAAUCACCACAUGAUUCGAAAUCCCCUCUUGAGCACAGGUCCCCUCUAGACCGCUCACUGGAACACAAGAAUACUCCUGACUAUAACUGGAAUGUGAGAAAAACGUAGAGUCUGUUCUGGGGGAAAUGGAAAGCUGCUCCACAGUUCUCCAGUUUAUGAAUUUAAAGUGACAACAUACUUUCCCUAGUCUCACCACACACAAACAAAUUGAGCGUACUGCUGUGAUAUCAAUCACACAAAGAAUGUGAAACAAUUACAGAAAAUGAGGAAAGAUUUCUGCUGCUUGGACAAGAACGCUCGCAAUUUGGCCCUUUCCAGAAAGGAUGGCAUUGGCACGGACAUCAGAUCUGUGCACUUGUGCUCAGUCAGGAAACUGUUUUUGGUCAGGAAGGGAAUAGGUUUGGGCUUCUGGGGAAAUGAUGGCUGCUGCAUUGUAGGCAAUGAUGUUAACAACCUGUUCAAGGAGGAUGUCAGCAGAGAGUGCAAUUCACAAAAGAUGUCAUAUCUCCUGUCAGCUUUGUCUGUUCAUGGUCUCUGCCAAAAUAUUUCUAUGUUUUAUCCUAAAUGUGCGUGAUGAAUACUCUCUGUGCUGAGUAGUGUUGGGCAGGUCAGUACUUUUUCUAAGUAGUGUUCCAAAUUCAGCAGUGGAGCCAACUUGUGUUUCCACUCGCUAGCUAAUAUAUAGAGAGCAGUACCAGUGUUGAGGCAGAGAUAGGGGUAGCUGUCCGUGUUACCCUGUCUUCCAGCACUACCGGAACAUGCCCAAGAAAUACCAAAAAAAAAUGGGAAACGGGAUGGUUUGAAAUACUUCCGUAGACGCAAGUUUAGUGUCUCGCUAGAAAGGAAGGAAGGGCAUAGUAGAGCAGGUGGGGGAAUUAGCACUUUGUGUUAAGUACGAAAAUGCCUUGUUUCGAUUUCUGGAAUCUGUCUUUAGAAUGUAGUGUUGUCAUUUUACAGCAGAAGUAUUAGAACUUUACAAACUAAAGAAUCACUAAAGAAAAUAUCAGUAUCUUGAUUCUAAUGGCCAGUCUUCACAAUCCAUAAUUUAGAAGCUUUGUGUUGUACUCGGUCACAAUGUAAGCACUUUGGUCUGUUUGCUUCCCCUCACCCUGCCUGCCCUGUCAUUCCUUCUGCCUUGAUUAUUGUGGACUGGUCAAUCCUCACAAGUAAAAUAACCUAUUUUUUUAUGACUUUGUUCCAACCUGUGUUUGAUGGGGUGGGGGUAUAAUUGUAUCGUUUUUUAAAAAAAAGUGGAGAAAGGAGGAGAAGUAGUUGAGCAGUGAUAUGAUUGAAUUUUUAAUUGGUGAUUGGACAAGUCUCCACAUGAUUGACUGUGCCAUUGGAUGUCAAGAUGGCUAAUCAUCAGUGUUUUGGUUUCCACAUCUGUUGUGGUUGUUGAAUGCAGCUAUGACUGCAGGAUAUCCCGAGUGAUGUCCUUUUCAGUGUUUCAAGUCAUGGAGAAUAUGGCACCUUGUCUCUUUGCACAACUUACACAUGCCCGCACCCCCAGCCCACCCUGCUCAAACCAACCAAUUAGCAACCAACACACACUCCCAUUAUCUUGGCCGAGGUAUUUCCAAUUAACAGGCAAAUCCAAUCAAAUGUUUUCAUAUUUAACAGAUAAAAUCCCUUUUGAUGGUUCCUCAGGUCCUUGCUUUUUCAAAAAUUAUUUUAGCUGAUAAAAUGAUUUCGAAUAGGUGUUUAUCAAAUCCACUCAUGCGUUGUUUAAGUGAACAAACUCAGGAAUAGUCCUUCCAUACACACACUUCAGCUGCAUGUGGAAAUGCUCAGUGUGGCCAAUGUUCCUUCGUCAUUCUUCCACUGUAGCAGCAUUUAAGAAACCAAAUAGUAGGAACAAGUUCCACCUCAAUCAUCAAAGAUUAAAGAAAAUGUGCGGAUACUGUUAAAAUCCCCAAUUCAUGCUGUACACACAAAAUGCCUCCACACGUUUAACUUGAAUUAAAUUAUAAUUAAAAGUUCCCAUGGAAUUUAAUUUUUUAAAAUUUAAUUGGACAGAUUUAAUGGCUAGUGAAUGCCAAAAUUCCAGUUGGCCCUUAAGCAGGUUCUUGGCCCUGAGAAUUAACUGGUGCGUUGAACACUGUGACACGUCACAGUUGCUGCUUGCUCUCAACGGGAAAGAGCUGGUUUUCAGCAGAGUAGGAGCCCUGCCUCAGCCUCCUUGGUGUGUCAGCACAAUCCAGGGUUCAUAUGAUCCAUUCAUGUGAAUUGCCCUGGAAGGGGCAGCCCAUUUGGCCAAUGUGACAGGAGCUGAGCAACAGCUAGUCAAGAUCGCAGACUCACUAUCGUGUGGAAACAGGCCAUUCAGCCCUCUGAGUCCGCACUGACCUUCCAAACAGCAUCCCCGACCCCAGAUUCUCACCCCUCCCCUAUUACUGUAACCCUACAUUUCCUAUAACUAAUCCACUUAGCCUGCAGCUCCCUGGACACUAAGGGAGCUUCACCUAAACUGCGUAUCUUUGGACUGGGGGAGAAAACUGGAGUAUCCAGAGGAAGCCCUUGCAGACACGGAGAAUGUGUAAACUCAACCAGGGUCCCUGGUGCUGUGAAGCAGCAGUGCUAACCACUGAGCCACCAUCUUCUCAAAUAUGGUUUGGGCUGGGCAAUUCUCAUCAGCAACAUCGAAAUCCUAUGGACAAAUUUAAAACAAAAUCACUUCUUUUGUGGUAUAGUCCUCUCUGUGUCUACUACAUGGAAUCAGAAACACAAUGAUUUCAGAGGCCUAUUGAAAGACUUGUCUCCUGCUUGGUUUAAUUAUUUAUUGGGCAUUUUGCAAAAUUAAGUGAAAUGCCUAUUUUGGGAGGCAGCAAAGCUGAAAGAAUUUUCACCCUUUCUGGAUGGUGUGCUCAAAGAAACCUCAUCUGUUCCUGGGCCUCCUAUACCACCUGUCACUUCAACUCCAAGUUUUGUCUUUCUGCUCUCAACAGUUCAGCUUAGACAACAAUGCUGUCACCGAAACCUCCACCUGCCCAACUCGGUAUGUUUAUGUCAACUACAGAUUGGUAGAUGAUCUAACACCAUGUCCAUUCACCAUUUCAGUGAGGACAUGUAACUGAUAAAUUAUGGUUCUGCCACAUAGCACACAUUUUAGCAUUUAACAUGGUGCAUAGGGCCACUGUCACUUCGUUUAUUUCUGAAGGUAUGUGGCCCUAGAAAUAUUUUAUUUGAGGACCAUUUUCUGCUCUGAAGCAUGUGUGACAGGGCAUGGGGUCUGCGUUCCCAACCAUCUCACCUUGACCUCCAGACUUUCCAUGUACCACUGUGGAGUCUUUUUCACAGGAACAGAAGGCUUAAAAUGAGAAACUAGUGGUUGAGGGUGGGGGAUGUUGGCAGUCACUAGUUCCUUGAACUCAACACUUCUUGGAGAACAAAAUGACAGAACAACUGACGAUACGUCUCCACCAAGUGGGUAGUCCAGAGACAUGGGAAUAACAAUCUCUCUGAGCACUUACAUGUUCUGCUGCUGUUCAGGCCAACAUUGGCUCAAAAUGGAGAAGCUUUGAGAGGGCCAAGGUUCUGAAUCUUGGUAGAUUUUCUUGAUUGAAGGGUGAGUGUUGGGAAGUGUGUUACGUGUUGGCUUGGUUUAUAUUUACCUGGAAUUGUGUUGAUUUCUUCCCUUUUUUUUUCAAAGCAAAAAUUAUAAUCAAGUUGAGAGUGAAGAGAUUGAGGAGCCGGUAGGACAUGAAGUUUACAUUUAAAAUUGUAUGGAGACCUAUGGCUACAGUAACCGUGCAACAAAACUGUAGCUAGUAGCAAGUAGGUGACAGAGGUGAAUGUGCCCUCAGCAAUCUGGUGCACAAAGAAAUGUAUGGGUCCCACCAUCAUCAGUCAAGGCAACGCAAAGAUCCCCUUACUCUUUGAGUUGUUAAUCUUUUCUAUCACGGGAUUUGUAGCAGUGAACCAGUGGGUACACUCUGACUAGUUUAGAUGAACGGUUACCAGGAGCUACUUCUGGAGACAACCCAUCAGUGAUGAGGAAAACUUGACGGCACACCUCAGCUGAACCUUGUUUUCUUUCUCAUGGUGCUAUUCCCGUGGAGUUGAUGAAAACCGUACAGCGUUUCGGUACAACAUACACACGUGCCCACAGAAGUGCAAUAACUUAUAAUAAUUUUUAUUGCUCAGAAGUUCCAUGUUGUUCUGUAGGGCAGACUUUUGUCGUGUGUCUAAACUUCCACCCUGGAGAUCUUCCACAUGCUAUCACCCUUCCAAUAUUUUCUCCGUGCAUCAGAUACAACAUGAAGCUAGAGCAAGAACAUGUUUCCCAGUUUUAAUUUUUUAAAAAUCUUUUAAUAUAUCUCCUGCCUCAAAUUCUAAAGACUGUAAGAAUGAAGGAGAUGUUAGUGAUGGAAGAAGAUAAAAGAAACUAGCUGCCAAAAUAGUCCCACUAAUUUUUUGUUUUGCUAAAAGGGUUGGUACAGAGUUUCUGUAAAACUUAUGUGGACUUUUUAAAAUGACUUUAAGAAAAAGUAAAUAUUAAUUUAUAUUUGUGAAAAGGCCACUGUUAGUGCAUUUUGGUGUAAAUACUUUGUUUAUAGUACGUAUUAAAUUUUCCUACACCUUAA